GGGGACAUCUGGGAGAUUUUUUCAGGCCUUGACUUUGGAAAGACUGCAUUAGAAUUAUCUACACAUAACGAUCCUGUAUAUGGAAGCAAUAACUCGUACUAAACAACAGAUAUCAUGAACAGUACCCAGGAAAUGAUACAGAGAUGCAAUUUCUCUGUCAUUACUACUGACGUUCUUCUUUAACACGAUAGACAAUGUGAAGCUGGACAGUGCAUCACUAUGCAAACCUAUUCUGCUCAGUUAUAGGCAAUUAAUUGUGACCACAAACAUUUAAAAUGGAGACAUCAAGGGCAGCAGUUUUAUCAUCAGAGUUUACAUGGCCUUCAUCCCAUUCCAAAGCUUUGUCUGAUUUACAGAAGAAAACAAUGACCAAACAAAAUGACCAACCUUGUACACAAGCAAUGUAUUUGAAGGCCCUUACUUCACCACUAUAUCAGCUUUCUCAGUAUGGAGGAUACCAACCAUCCUUCCAGGUUACAAGUAGUGCAGGAUUAACACUGGAUAGUACCAACAUGUCUGUGGUGUUAAAUACCCAGCCGCCAACCGUCAUUCAGAAAGCACCUACCCAGACAUUGACUUUAAAUAUUGUAAACACUUUACCAAUAAUGUCACCCAAUUGCUCCUCCAUCCUAAAUACUGGAAAGUCAAAAAAUGUGGGAAAACACAUUUGUGCACAUUGUGGGAGGGACUGCUUAAAACCAAGCGUCCUGGAAAAGCAUAUUAGAUCACAUACAGGAGAGAGACCAUUCCCUUGUACCACUUGUGGUAUUGCAUUUAAAACUCAGAGCAACUUGUAUAAGCACCGUAAAACACAGACUCAUGUGAACAACACUAAAUUAAGUGUGGAUUCAGAUGCUGGCAGUUAUCAAGAUGAUAGAACUAGUGGACAGGAUGUAGACAAUCCCUCAAGGUGUCUCAGCACCAACCAAGAAGUGAUUGCCAGUACUGUUCAAGGUCAAUACAUCCAAUGUGAAAUAUCAGACAGUUGCCAUACCACUGGUGAUAUCAUUAAUUCAUCAGUUGGAAAUAAAGACAUAUUUCCCACCUGUGAGAAGAAUCUGAAGCUAGUACAAGGAGACCCUGAGAAGACAUCUGUGGACAGUGAUAAUACACAGCCAGCUAUUGUCUCACCAACUGCCCUUAACCAAAAGUGGAUGAUUAAAGAUCAACGGUCUCCAAUGACUUGCCAAAAGAUUAGACUCCAAAGGCAACAUGCAACAUACGUAGAGAAGCAGUGGGAUGGGAGUCCUUCAGAGCGUAAGCUAAAGAAGUGUGAAAGCACUGAUUCAGGGUAUUUGUCACACUCAGACAGUGUUGAUUUGCAAUUUUAUUCAGGAAGUCCUUUGCACAGCCUUUGUGAGAAUAGCAUGGAGUCAGACCACUUGCUCAGCACUGGUACACAAAAAACAGAUGCUACCCACUCUACCAGCAUGGAUUAUGUUGAUAAAGCAGCAUCUAUGGAGAAAAAGAACUUAGAGGAACACAUUUCCAUGCUGAUCUCCCGAAAUAAAGCAGUAGUAGAUGACAAAGAAUUAGACAAUGUGCGUCCAAGAAAGACUGCUCUGUCUAAACAGGGAAGCAUUGAUCUUCCAAUGCCUUACACCUUCAAGGAUUCCUUUCACUUUGACAUCAGAUCCCUUGAUGUGAACAGGAAAAAGAUUUCUGUGUGCUCAGCCAAUUCUAUUUUCACUCCCCUUGAAAAAAACAAGCCUCUCUUUUUUCAUUCAGUGCCUACUCAGUUCUCUACAUCAGUGGACAGCAUAGCGGUAUCACGGAGUAAUUCCUUGCCAUUUGUAGAUUGCUACAAAUUAACCCCAGAUAAGGUUGACAUACAGUCUGCUACUCCCCACUGCCUAGUAAAACAGCCAUUAGACACAAGCUUUUCUAAUCUGUUACUCACUAACACAGUAGCGGCCUGUACUGUUGAUUUCUCCAGCAGCCACCCUCGAUCUCUUGUUAGGCAGGCUGCAGUUGAUGAGAUACAUCUUAGCACAGGAACAGAUGGUCAUAUCCAAGAUGAGAUGAAAAAGAAGCACACUGGUGAACGAAAUAGUCCGAGGUCUAAGACAUCCAAUAGAAAAGGAGGCUCAAAGAAAUUAAACAUGUUUUCUCAUGAGAAGUGGCAGAUGUAUGGAGAUGAAACCUUUAAAAAACUUUACCAGAAAGUACAGAAUAAAGAGAGCAUAAGGAAGAUAACGCAAGAAGAGACAGCGACAAAGAGCAUGGUCAGCAAUGAAAACAACUUGCCAGCAGAAAAUGAUAGUACCAAUUCAGUGGAGAGUCAUGCUUCUCCACUAGAUGCUACACCUAUAGGUUUAAAAUGUAAUUUCCAGUCCAGUCUAUCACCUCAGGUGGCUCUAGAAAUUGGUAAUCAUGAGCCAUCACAGAAAAUGGAAACACAUCUAGCUACUUCAAACAUUCAUAAGUCAUCAGGUCUGGAACAAGAUGCUAAAUUCAAAUUAAUCUCUGGUAUCCAGGGGGCUGAGAUGAAUGAGCAGGAAAGGAAUAAUAAACCACUGACAAAUAGACAAGCUGAAUCUAAUACAGAGAUGCCUUAUUCACCCAAUGAUUUUCCACAGCUUGUUUUGACAGGUCAUAAUAUUCCUCUUUGUGAAACCUCAGACAAUAUAACCAUUAAGAUAAAUAAUGAAGAUAAUACAUUGUCUAGUAUUCCAAAUGCAGAAUAUUGUCAUGAAGUGUGCAGAGACAACUUCAAUAGAAAUUCUGAAAAAUCCCAUUCAGAGAGAAAAAAAUUCAAGGUAGAAGAGCUUAAUGGAAACCAAAGGAAUGGAACACAAGAAUCUAGCAAUAUAAAUCACAAUGUAAAUAUAGAAGAUCAAUUUUCCGGUGGGAGUUCUUUAGAGCCAAUGCAGAAAAUGAAUGUAGGUGAAAGAAAAGUUAAUCAUGUUGAUGGGGAGAAAUGCCAGGAUAAUAUAAAUGCUGUGGGAGAAGACAGGCAAUCAGCAUGUAAAGAUAUGUCAAAAAUCUCUGCAAAUUCAAUAAUCUUUGAAAAAAAUACUAUGACUGAAAAACAUGUGGAGCAAAAAGCACAUAUUUUAGUACAAUCACAGUCAAUAAGUUCAUCCUCAGAUUCGGUCGAAAGGAUGUUUUCCCCAUGUUAUCUACUAAAGCUACACUCAGGGGAACCUUCAGUUAAUGUACCUGGUUAUCUAGAAGUAAAGAAAGAUGGCAUUUCUGACAUAUCUUCUGAUGAAACUGUGCUUGAGUCUUUGAAUGCUACAAACCUUGAAUAUGAGAAUGUAGAUAGAGCCACCCAACACCUUCCCAUUUGCCAACUAGAAAAAAAACAAGAAAAAUAUUUAGGAGAUUCUGUACAGAUAACACAGCCAUUUAACCUACCAUCAGAUUAUCCAUUGAAAAUCAGUUUGAAUACAGCCCAAAUACCUAAUUGUGCCUCUGAGCUCUGCAGUAAUGUGGAUCAUGACAAACUCCAAGACACUCAAGGAGACAAUGACCACAACGAUACCUUGGCUAAAGCAGACAUAAGCAUCCACAGCAAGGAUAAUAAAGAGAUUUUAGCAGACACACCAUCUGUUGCCCCUUUCCUUAAUGGCCUCUUUUUUAUUUAUUCUGCCCCUGCUGACUGUACUGAUCAAAUACUGCAACCACAGAUAGCAUGUGGUGGCAUUGUGAAUCCAUCUACAUCAUCAGAUAUAAAAGCAAAUGCUCAGUUUCCAAUAACUGCAUUGUCAGGUAACCUAUCCACUGAACACAGUCAUGAGCCACUAAAGUCAGCCUGCUUACUACAUACCACAAAUGAACCAAAAGCUUGUACUUUACCAGGGAAUCAACAUACCGAUCCACUGAUUUCUCAGGAACCAGGUUAUUCUGUCCAAGCAACAUUAUAUACAUCUUUACCCUCAGGAAACAAUGCAAAAUAUGCAAAUGAUUCCAACCCUUCAUUAAACACUGGAAAAGAGCACCGUACACACCCUAGUAGGACCCAGACAAACAUGCAUGUCCCACCUCCACUAAUCAAAAAGGAGGACAUUUUUUCAGCCCUCUCUACAUUCCAUCAUAGCACCAUGAAAAAUAAAAGACCAGAAUCAAAACAUUGGACUGAAAAGAAUAAUGACCCUAGUUUGGCUUCAAUGGGGAAUUUGAGAUCGGUGGAUUCAUCCUCUUGUUAUUUACCACAAAAGCAAAAGGAAAACAAAGGCUAUUCAGUCCAUAAGCACCAUGAAAGCUCUGCUGCGAGCCCCAAUAUGAAAGAGCUUGGCACCAGCAAAACUCAGCCUUCUUCAAAGAGAUCUGGGCGAAAGAAAACAGAGCACAAAAAGAGACACAGUGAAGGCCGUCAAAAUAAACACAGCAGUGUGGGUCCAUGCAAACAAAAUGACCACAAAAACGUUCAUUCUAUAACUUGCCAUGACAGGACACAGGACAUCACUCUUCAUGAUGACCAUCAGAGGAAAUCCAAGUAUACGUCUCUUGAACCAGCAGCAGAAGCUCCAGCUGAUCAGAAUUCAUCGUUACAAUCUAAAGGCGUUUCUGAUGAGUUAAUAGAACAAGGAAACUCCUCCAGAACAGAGAACAAGAAAGAAAAGGUUCAUUAUAAUGAGGAACAGCUAGUACAAAGGACUGAUGCAGCAUUGCCCAUGCCUUCUCAAUCAUUAUUAUCUAACAAUAUGGCUCACUCUUGUCUGAACUUAAGUAUGUUCACAACACAAGCAGCUCCACAAGAAUCUGCUCGGAAUUCUCCUUGUCUUUUCCCACCGAAUAAGGAAUAUAGUGUUAAGAAAGACCUAAAGGAUAAUAUAUUUACUCAAGUAACUCCAGAGAGAAAGCAGGACCAUCCUAUUCAUGCACCACAACAAAAACAUGCUAGGAGAAUAUUACAUAGAUCGAAAACUAUAGGGCACAAUUUGGGUGACCAUGCAACAUAUGGAAGUCAGUCUUUGCAAACUGGUCCAAGCACUGCACAAAUUCAAUAUGAUAUUGCAUCGUCCAUGCCUGAUCUGAUGUCUAGUUUAUGUUCAGCAUCCAUGGAGGGCAGUAAUACAUCAGGACCAAAUAAAACCAUUUCUGGUAAACCUCAGGAACCUGCAGUUUCUUCCUGUGUAGAGCAGCUUCCUAUACAAAGAACUCAAGAAUCCAUUAACAUCCAGUCUACAGAUUAUAAAUCUGAGCAAAAGCUCAGCCUAGAGACCAUAAGGAAACAAAUACACGUGGAAUAUAGGGACACAAGCAGUGACGAUGAAGACAGACUGGUCAUAGAAAUAUAGGAUUCCAGACGAAUGCUAAAUAAAUACAUUAAAGGGACAUUGAAUACUAAAUAUAUUUUAUAAGCAUAGAAUUGAGGUCAUUCACGCCUCCCUCUAGUCACGAGUGCCGCCAUGUUGAAAUCUAUUUUUCACUUAUUUCCAGUGCUGAACUGUUUGCAGUGUCAUUUAAGUUUCAUAAUGGCAGCACCCAUGAUUAGAGGGAGGUGCAUGAAAUGUAUUUUGUGUUUAGUGUCCCUUUACAACUCUGAAUGAUGGAUUUAUAUUAUUUAAAUAUAAUAUGAAAUUGCUGCCAUUCUUUGGAAUUCUGACUUGGGAAUUCUUUUCAAUCAACAGAGGGAGACAUUGUAACUUUCUCAGUACAAGUCUUAUGACUCUAGAUUUCAAACAUACGCAAACAAAAGAGAGACCUCUGCACCUUACAGUUCUGUAGUCCUAUCCAUGAGACUAUAAACCGCUACUGCAAUUUCUCUUGACUUGCUCAUGCCAACCUACCCAGAGUUCAUAUGUAGAUAAUUAUGUCAGGAGUCAUAUUUAUUGAACUUUUGCAUUGCACUUUUUUUGCAAAUUGUAGCCAUGUGGACUUUAAACCAUGUACAUUAACCCUUUAUCUGCUGCAGUGGCCCGCAGGUUUUCAAACAAAAGUAUUUUGCACAUUGUGCUUUUUUUUAUUGUGUUGUAAAAUGUGUGCUAAAUUAUGCUGAAGGGGAAAAAUAAUCGACAGCUGCAGCUGUUUAACUGAACAAGAUAAGCUUUGUGUUUUUCAAUAUGAAUACAAAAUAAGAAACAGAUAUGGCGACCCCUGGUUUCAACAGAUGUGUUUAAUGAUAAGUAUUCAAAGCAAACAAUGACCAUUGUUUUACUGCUGUCAAUCUAUAUAAUAUUUAUAUUUAAUAUGGCUGGUAUCAUGAUUGUUCCAUAAAAUAAUUUCAGUGAUAUCCACUGUGGUUUUAGCAGACAUUAGAUCAUUUUUCAACAUAGGAAAAGAAAACAUUUGCCAUAUUUGCUAAUCUUCAUAUAUUUAUUAUUGCUAAGUAAAAAAUAUAUUUUAAUAAAUGCAUAAUGUAGCAUAUUAGUCCCUAGUUAAAGGGAUACUAAACCAAAAUAUUUUCUUUCAUGAUUCAGAUAGAGAUUGCUUUACUCCUAUAAUCAAUUUUUCUUUGUCUCUUGCUAUCUUUAUUUAAAAAGCAGGAAUGUAAAGCAUAGGAGACAGCCCAUUCUAGGUUCAGCAGGCUGGAUAGCACUUGCUUAUUGAUGGCUACAUUUAACAAACCAAUAAGCAAGCAUAACCCAGGUAUUGAACCAAAAAUGGGCCGGCUCCUAAGCUUUAUAUUUCUGCUUUUUAAAUAACGUUAGCAAGAGAACAAAGAAAAAUUGAUAAUAGGAGUAAAUUAGAAAGCUGCUUAACAUUGCAUGCUCUAUCUGAAUCAUGAAAAAAAAAUCCCUUUAAAUAUGCUGGACAGAAAUAGCAUAAAAUUAAGAGACAGUAGUAAGAAAUUUAACAGACUAAAAACAAUGCUAAAGAGACAAGACAAAUGAAAACGUUUUCCAUCAUGCAUAUAAUUGACUACUAAUAAAACUGUUAAAACAA